AUGAUUCGCAACGUUGCCAUUGCAGGGGCUUCUGGAGCCCUGGGCUUCCCUAUUUUUCAUGCACUUCUCCAGAGCGAACUCUUUAAUGUGACUGUUUUGGCACGCUUAUCGUCUCAAGCACAAUUCCCGGCGUCUGUCAAGGUAAUCCGCGUGGAUUACAUCUCGGUCCCAGACCUCACGAUGGCUCUGACCGGCCAGGAUGCCGUGGUCUCGGUCCUGACAACCAGUGCCAUGGAGACACAGAUCCCGCUGAUUGAGGCCGCAGUGAAAGCUGGAGUGAAGAGAUUUCUUCCCUCCGAGUUCUGUGCGAACAUUGGCAAUCCAAAGGCAGCCAGUUUACCUGUCUACCACUCCAAGAUUGCGAUACACGACGUCAUCCAGCAACAGGCUCGGGACCACCCCCAUUUUACAUAUACUUUAAUUCGAAAUGGACCUUUCCUCGACUGGAGCCUGGGAUAUGGUUUCUUUUUCAAUCUCAAGGGAGGAUCGACACCCUUUUAUGACGGCGGAGACCGUCCGUUUAGUACAACCACCUUGGCCACGAUCGGCCAGGCCGUGGUGAAGGCCCUAUGUCACUUGAAGGAGACGCAGAAUAGAGCGGUAUUUGUGCAAGAUCUCGUCACGACCCAGCGGAAGAUGCUGGCCAUUGCCCAGAAGGUUGCACCGGAUCGCAAAUGGACCCCGACAGACGUGAGCACCUCCGACAUGGAGACCAUGGCGCGGGACAAAUACGCCAACGGGACAAUGGAUAUGGAAGCCUCGAUGGGGUUCUUUUGCCGCUCGGUCUUUGGGGAGGGAUACGGGGGAGAGUUCCAGGAGGUGGAUAAUGAACUACUCGGGAUAUCGUUGAAAACGGACGCUGAUAUGGAAGAGUUAAUGCUGGGAGUCAUUCCCGGCAGAUACUAG